UUCGAAAACAUGGUUGUGUGUUGAUAUGUGAGCAUGAUCGUUUCAGAAUGCGAUAAAGUUUUCCCACCUAAACUGUGGCCAAAUGCGACUUGAGGCGUUCGCGAAAACUUUUGUAAAACAGGUCGGAAUGUGAUCUCACUGUCGACGCGUCGUGACGGCUUAUUGCACCGUAUCGCAGGGUUAAGACGCGCGCAUCUUUUAAUUUUGUGCGUGCCCGUGGACUCUCCGCACUCUCCACGUAGGAGUUUAUUCGGCAAGUGGUAACAGCAUCCCGUCGCGGCAUUUUCACCUUCGGCAUGGUCUACAGCAGCAAACCGAGAGCAGCGCACAGCAGCUGCAUCAAUCGCGUGAGCACCACAUCUUGCAGGAUCGUGUUAGCGUCGUGUGGCUGAGCGCAGUGUGUGGUGUAAACAGUGCGAUCGGUGAGACCUCGUGGCUGCGCGCGUUACUGAUUGUUGUGCACAUUCGGUGCCUCUAACGGAUAAACCAACGCCCACCGAUGGACUCGGAGAAGAAAACGGAAGUCAAAGGCAAGAGCUGGCGCAGAGAACGGGAGGAGAGAGGUCGGCGACUGCAAGCCAGGGCCUUGCAAGCUGAAAAAAAUGACCAGAAAUGUGCGGUUCCGUGCAGCGAUAACGUUCCGCCCGGUGCCGGUGGCGAUGCUAAACAAGAAAAUGAUGCUGUCUCUGCGAAUGACAACUCUGGUGACACGGUUUCGAAACGGGCUGACAGCCUGCCCCCAGAAGAACCAUCAGAAGAAGUGGCUCUCAGCUCAGUUGAAGACAAUGCUGCCGCUGUGGAAGAAAGUGAAAAGGCUCUCCUUGAUGCAUACACGACAGAAGUUCAAGAGAGACUGAACUUCAAAUCAGAACUUCGGAGCAAGAAUUUAACAGCUGCUGGCAAUCGUCCAGAAGAGGCAUUCUUCAGCAGGCUAGACUCGAAUCUGCGAAAAAAUACAGCUUUUGUAAAAAAACUGAAAACUAUCUCGGAAGCUCAGCGGGACUCCCUCCUGAAGGACAUGGCCGGCCUCAAUCUGACCAAGUACAUCAGUGAAGUGGCGGCUGCCAUAGUGGAAGCCAAACUCAAGAUGUCUGACAUCCAGACAGCUGUGAUUGUGUGUUCAUCUUUGCACCAGCGAUAUGCAGAGUUCUCGACACAGUUGCUUGAAAACUGGCUCAAGACACUCCCUCUAAAGAAGGACGACAAGGCUACUAAUCUGAGUAAGAUCAGAGUGGACUUGAGAUUCUUUGCUGAGCUGCUUGCCUGUGGGGUGUUUACUCAAAAGGAAGGUCUACCAGUGCUAAGAAACCUACUUACAUUUCUAACAAGUAGUGACCGUGAAGAGCACAACAACCUAAACAUCCUUAUCAGCUUCUGCAAGCAUUGUGGCGAGGACUUUGCAGGAUUGGUUCCUCGCAGGAUUCGCAUCCUUGCCCAGAAGUACAUUCGUGACGUCCCGAUAAGCGACCUUUUGACCCCAGACAAGCAAAAGAGUCUGCAGAGCAUCUUGCGCGAGUACUACCGUUCGCUUUGCCGGCACCUGCUGCGGGAUCACCAGAAUCUCCGGGGCAUUGAAGCACACAAUCGUCGCGUUCUGCAGACAAAGGGCGAACUCAGCGGUGAGCAGAAGGAAAAAUGUGAAGCUGCUCACCUGGCCUUCCAGAAACUGCUCACAGGAACUCAGCAGUUUGCAGAUGUUUUAGACGAGGAUGUUCCUGACUUGCCACUUGAAGAAAUUGCUACGCUGGAGACUGACGCCGCUACACUUGACAUCCACAAUCGGUUCAAGGGCGGAGAGCUGGACGGAAGCAGCUCGCUGUGGGAAGACGAGGAGUCACGCAGUUUUUAUGAGAAUCUCCCUGAUCUCAAGGCAUUUAUACCUGGGAUCUUGUUCAAGGACAGUGUACAGGCUACCACUAGCACAGUUUCCUCUGUAGAGGAGUCUGCUGAUGUGUCUUUGGAAGAAGAUUUGCAGAAGUUGGAAAUGGAGUGUGCCCUCGAGAUUGAAGAGGAAAGGGAGAACGCUCGCCUGGACAAUGGCUGUAAAAUAGAGGAGAAGGACUUAACUGAGACAUUGCUGCAGGAAAUUGAAGCGCCUGACGAGGAGCCCGCACCUGGCACUGGGCCAGGCACAGCCAACAAGCUUCUCUUGGAUGGCUUUCUGAACUCGUUGCUUCACUGUGUCAGCCGGGAAAUGGUUGAUCAGGCUGCAGAGCAGUUCUGCAUGAGUCUUAACACCAAGCCCAAUCGUAACAAGCUAAUCAAAGCCCUCUUCCUCGUUCCCAGAACAAGGUUGGACCUGCUGCCUUUCUAUGCCCGAUUUGUGGCCACCCUUGCUCCAUGCAUGCCAGAUGUGGCCAAUGACCUUGUCAGCAUGCUGAAACAGGACUUCAAGUUUCAUCUGAAAAAGAAAGACCAAAUAAACAUAGAGUCCAAAGUGAAGACAAUGAGAUUUAUAGGAGAACUCGUGAAAUUCAACAUUUUCCCCAAGUCGGAUGCCCUCUACUGUUUGAAGAACCUGCUCCUGGACUUCAGCCAUCAUUACAUUGAGAUGGCUUGCAACCUCCUUGAGACCUGCGGUCGCUUUCUGUUUCGAUCACCUGAAUCGCAUCAGAGGACAAAAGUUUACUUAGAACAAAUGAUGCGAAAGAAGGCUGUUCAAGCGUUGGAUAGCCGGUACAUUACUAUGAUUGAAAAUGCCUUUUACUACUGCAAUCCCCCUGAAGCACCCAUGUCUGUUCGUGCUGUGCGACCACCACUGCAUGAGUAUAUUCGCAAGCUUCUUUACAAAGACCUCGCAAAGAGCAACACUGAAAAGAUUCUUCGUCAGAUGCGUAAGCUGGACUGGGAAGAUGCUGACGUGUCUGCCUACGCCACCAAGUGUCUGGUGGCCAUCUGGCAUGUCAAGUACUACAACAUUCGGUGUAUGGCCAACUUACUGGCUGGCCUGGUUGCAUAUCACGAAACAGUUGGCCCUCAGGUUGUGGAUGGUGUUCUGGAAGACAUCAGGCUUGGAAUGGAGGUUAAUCAUCCAAAGUACAAUCAGCGAAGAGUGAGCGUCGUGCACUACCUUGGCGAGCUUUACAACUACCGGAUGGUUGAGUCAUCAGUCAUCUUUAAAGUUCUCUACUCCUUCAUCACGUUCGGUGUCAAUGUCAAUGGGUCUCCAAGUGCCUUGGAUCCACCAGACAACCUGUUCCGCAUAAGACUGGUCUGCAUACUGCUUGAGACCUGCGGACAGUACUUCAACACGGGGUCUUCCAAAAAGAAGCUCGAUUGCUUCCUGGUCUUCUUCCAGCAAUAUUAUUGGCAGAAGAAGUCAGCUGACGCAUACGGGGAGGAAAACCUUUUCCCCAUCACAGUAGACUACCUCGUCAAGGACACGCUGCUUCCACUCCGGCCAAAGAUGAAACUGUGCGAGAGUGUUGAAGAGGCUACGGCUGCUGUUGAAGAUCUCAUGUCUGAGCUCAAGCCCAAGCUGUCUGAGUACCUGUCUCCUGUUUCAGUAGAUGGUGAUGAUGGUGAUGGCAACAAAGCCAAAGAGUUGGAAAACCUGAGCCCAAUUCAGGAAGUGGAAGAGGAGCCUGAUGACGAGAACCAUAGUGGUGAAUGCAGUGACCAAGAUGGAGAUGUGGAGGGUGAUGGUGACACAGAUGUCUACAGUGGAAGCCAGAGCCAACCGCUUGAAGAUGAGGUUGGGUCAAGCACGGAGGACGAAGCCGGCAAUUUGGAGGAGGAGCCAGGCAGCUCUCAGCAAGACGUGACAUUGGUCAACCAAAGGCCCCGACGUGCCCCGUGUCCUGAGGACGACGACUUCAUGGCAGCGUUUGACAAGAUGAUGUCGGAAAGCAUACUUCAUCGCAGCCAAGACUCAGUGAAACCACAAGCAGAUAUUGUCAUCCCCAUGAGCCUAAAGGGCACUGGCCAACAGAAAAAAACAUAUAGCAACCUUCUGGAAAAGAAAGGCGAGGAAGACAAGAACACCAUGAACUUUAUUCUGAUGACCCGCAAAGGAAACAAGCCCCAGUUCAAGAGCUUGGAGGUUCCAGUGUCUUCAGAACUUGCACAAAACCUGAAGGACAGGGAGGAGGCUGAGAGAGCAGAGAAGGAACAAGUGAAGAUGCUCACAUUGAACAUCAAUGAAAGGCAAGAGGAAGAAGAUUACCAAGAAAUGCUUGCAGCGCAGCAGAGACCUGUGGUGUUAAACCUGAACCGCGACCGGAGGCACAAAUAUCAACACCCUAAGGGAGCUCCUGACGCGGACCUCAUCUUUGGAAAUAAGAAGCGCUGAGUGAACAUCGAGAGACGACCACUGUUCCCCUCGUCCAAGGCCAUGGAGGCAACAAAGCACAAAUGCAUUGCCACGCCUUCCUGCCGUUCUGAGCCGCUGAAUGAACAGCUGACAUCAAGCUGAUGCCGAGAGGCGGCGGCCAUCAUCGUGCUGAAGGGAAAGCCGUCUGCACAACGGGGGUGCCACUGGCACUGCUAUGUUGCCUGUGUACAUAGUUCCUUCCACCCACUCUCUCUCUUUCAAUAAAAGCCUCUCGCAAGGCAGCGUAAGUGUGAAGGUAUGAACAACGUGUCUCCUUGCGAGCGUCCUUAGAAGAAGUGCUGCAUAGGCCUACCUGCCGACACUCCCGAAUUUUCCAUAAAGUUAACAAAUUUGGGCUCAUUUCAUAAUUUUUGUGUCAAGAUUUACGAAAAAAAAUAAAUUCUGUUUGCAAAAACGUU